AUGACUGAACCUGAAUGUUGCCAGCAUGAGCUCAAGCAACCAAUCCGACCAAGAAACGACAUAAAGGAGGCCAAGCGUACUACCCAAUGGGAUCACUGUCCUCACCACCAACCCAAUGCACCAUUACGGAAGCAUGCCGCACCCUUACCUCCCAAGCAUGACAUGGAGCCUCAUUACUGGUCUACAAAUGACAACGAAGAUGAAGAUGACGUUGGAAACCUAUCAUCAUCGGAACUGAAGCUGAUUCAGAAUGACGAGAAGAAGGAGUCCAUCACAGUGCCAGAGAAUGGACUGCCCCCUCAAAAACGCUUCACAACGUCACAUGGGCAGCAGAUGACGCAUGGGCAAGUAUUUGAUGAAUGCGACAUCAGUGAUGAGGAUCUCGUCGUGAUAUCGCGUCCUACGCACCGGCCUAGAGAAAACCUUCAUCUUGACUGCCCUUUCUAUGUUUAUGAUCCUGAGAAAUGCCGCCAAUGUCAGCUCGCGAGCAACCUACAAAACAUUUCGGAUGUCAUUGAGCAUUUAUUCCAGUCUCAUUCUCGGCCAUGCUACUGUAUAAACUGUUACGAAGCAUUCGACACGCAGAUCUGUCGCGACGAUCAUGUUUUGACUGGAAAAUGCCAACGGCGUACUCCGGGUCCAUUGUUUGGAUUAAGUGAAAGCCAGAAAUCGAUGCUGCUCGAGACAGACUCGCAUUGCACUGGUGAAGAGGCCCAGUGGCUUUUCAUUUGGUCUAUCGUGUUUCCGGAUUCUCAACAGCCGCGCUUCCCGUAUCUAGGCCAGAAUUCUAGAUAACGCAUAUCCAUGCUUUACGAC